UGUAAUGCUGGGCAGUGGGACUGGCUUUGGCCACUGGUCGCUGCGCCACUGGGAACAGCUGGGGAAGCAGAGCUACGCAGGCAGAAUUUUCCAUUAAUCAGAGGAAAAAGUCCUACACAGAUGGUAUAUAGGAUAGAUUACUGCGGGUAAUCCUUUUGUGUCCUAGAAGAUUAAGGAGAUCCUGGUGUAGCUGCUGUCAGCUGACCUUUUUUUAUUUAAAUGAUUGAAAAUUCGUGAUGCAGUCCUGCAGGAAGGAGGAAGGCUUCUCCAGGAGCCUGGGAGCAGCGCACUGUGGGUGUUUGUUAAAGGCACGGUCUGUUUGAGUCCAGCUCCGGUUAUAAAUUGACAGGAACUCAGCUUUGUGCCGUGUAAACAGCAGAAGCUGCGACAUGGUUAAGAAAUUACUUGCUGAAAGGCUGCAUCUGAUUUAAGAGAGGUGUCGGCUGAAUUUGAUGAGGAGGUACAGUGAGAGCUGGGGGAAGAAACAAGGGGUGAAGAAAGCCCCGUGCUCUGUGUGGCUGCUCAAAGCGAAGAUGCCUCCUUCAGCAGAAGCAGAGGAUGGCGGUGCUCUCUGAGCUUCCUGGCAUGGAUCUGUACGAGGAUUACAAGUCACCCUUUGAUUUCAAUGCGGGAGUGGACAGAAACUACCUUUACCUGUCACCCGGCAUAAACCUUACUCCACCUGGGUCGCCUACGCUGACCAAGCCUGGGCUGCUGAGAACCGACUCCAUACCUGAGGUUGGAGAGGAUGCUGCUGCUACAGUUGGUAUGUCAGAAACUCUCUCAGAAGAAGAGCAGAAUGAGCUAAGAAAAGAGCUUGCCAAGGUGGAAGAGGAAAUCCAGACACUCUCACAAGUGCUAGCUGCCAAAGAGAAGCAUCUAGCAGAAAUCAAGAGAAAGCUGGGAAUUAACUCAUUACAGGAACUAAAGCAGAAUAUUACCAAAAGCUGGCAAGAUGUUACAUCAACCGCAGCGUACAAGAAAACAUCAGAAACCCUGUCUCAGGCUGGUCAGAAGGCUUCUGCUGCUUUUUCCUCUGUUGGUUCAGUCAUAACCAAGAAGUUUGAAGAUGUCAAAAAUUCUCCCUUUUUGGUGUGUAUUACACGAAUUGUUUAGUACUGUGGUUUUAUUCAAAUCGAUGGAGUUUAAGUGUAAAAUAGUUUAUGCAUUCCCUGUUCACAGUUUGUCUGAUGAAACAGUCCUUAUCUUUGAGCUGAUUAGUUUUAACAGCUCCAGAUGCAGGGUAUUUUAAUUACCUUGCCUGCAGUGCGUUUUAUCUUUUUACUCUAAGCAAAUACUCAAUGUGAAGUUUUCAGUAGCUAGCUUGACUGUGUAGCAACUUCUUACCUCAUAUUCUCUCCUUUGCGCGCCUCUGGGUCUAGCUUCAUCUCUUCUACUCUCUCAUGAAAUAGCCACAGACAGUAUUAAGAUAUUAAGAGAUGUAGGUACCUGACUCCUAGAGUACUAGUGAGGAGUUCUAGCCCUUGUGCAGUGCCUGGGGAGUUGAGUUUGUUCAAGCAUAAGAAUAGCAGCCUGUCUUAAAUCUCAUCUUUGUUAUCUGUAAGACAGAGGGAGACCGGGAGAUGUCUAUCUCAAAUGCAGGGCUCAGCUGCUCACUUGUCGGGGUUCAGCUUUCUUCCUUAAGGCUGCGGUGUUCCCCUACUUGUAUUGGUGUACUCGUUUGAUGAGGACAAGCACAGACUCAGAGCUCAGUUCUGGCCUGACGAGUUUUAAUACCUCAGUUUGCAACCAGCUGCUCAAGUUAGAGUGCUCAGCGCCAGCCUAGCUACUGUCAGGAACUGUGCCACUGGGAGGGGAUGUGACGGGGCCAAAGUAGUAACACUUUUUUUUUGUGUUUCUUGGGAGAAAUCACAGCAAUGGAAAUUCAAAGUGCUCCAUCAGGAGCAGAUGGAUUUUAAAUAAAUAAAAAUAAAUAGUGCUGUUCUAGGUCUUAAUUGCACUUGAACAGGAGAUUAAAAACACUUGAGGUGUUUUGCUUUCAUAAGGACUGACUGAAUUCAACAGGGAUUCAAACAGUGAAUUCAGGUCCCAUAGUAACAUGACUACUGAAGCAGUGCCUACUGCUAAGAUUUUACGACUCUGCACUUCAGAAGCUUUUAGAUGUCUAAGUCUUGUCCUGGAACUGAGAAUUGAUGGACCCGAUGCUUGAAUAAAUACUUAACAUUCAGGUGCAUUUUCUUAAAUUGUUUUUUUUCAUUAUGACUUGUUUCUUGUGCUGUUCCAGCUUAGUGACAGCUCAGCUGUAAUAAUGUGAUUCCUUCCACAUUGGAAUACUUCUACAUAUUCCAUGCAGGUCUUCACUCUUGCAAAUUGACUUUGGAGAGAGUUGUAAAAGGAAGUAAGGGGACUAGCUAAUGGAGCUGUGGUGAACUUGAAAAAUAUGGAAAUAGAGGGCUGGUAGUGUGAAUUCAGGUCACUAUUGCUUUCAUCGUCUGUCUUCUGCUUUUUGCUGGACUGAAAACAUUCUGUACUUUCUUAGGUUUUUAUUAAUACCUUUAUUCUUCUUGAUAUGAGUAUCUUGAUGAACUAGACAUCCUUGUAUAGGGAACAUGAGCUUUAUAUGCAAAAUAGCAGUAGUACCGAGAUUGCAAGUCCCAGCAAACUUCCUGAACAAUCACGACUCUGCACCUGUCUCCUCACACACUGCAUCCAUAUUAGGGAGCAGAAAUACUCAUCUUUACCCUGUUUGCAGGUUUUAGAGUAACUUCUUUGGCUUGCUUUGGAAACAGUGUAUGAUCAUGGACUUCUAAAUGUAACUUAUCAGCAUAUCAACUGGAAACCUAACUAUUAACAAAAGGAAAUAACCAGUGCUAAUGUUUUCUAGGCAGAGACUCUGGCAUACCUCCCUAUGCAUUUUCAAAAUGUGAAAUAAUGUAGUGACUGUAAAAAUAAUCACUUCUAAAGUACGAGAAAUCUUUCAAUACAAUACAAAAUAUAUGGAAAAUUAGAGAGCAACUUACUAUGGCUUUUUUUGUUUCCACAGAGACUUGAUUAUGGGUGUUAUAAAAAGGGCUUCUAAUCUUCAAACUGCCCUACUUCUUGGACUGGCUGAGUGCUUUGUGGCAUUCUGUCGCCUGUGAAAAGAAAAAAUGACUUGUCUUUGUAAAGCUUUUCAAUAUUUUAUCUUGCUUGUUUGCACUAGUUGAAUAAGUGAUUUGACGUUCAAGAUAAACUUCACUUAUCUAAUCCAGUUCUCUUCUGAACCAAAUCAUGCCAAAGCCAUUUAUUGUGGUGACACUUUACAUAUAUUCAGAAUGUUUUGUAAAAUGUAUUGCAUGACAAGUUAACUUUUCAGGAUGUGAAUAGUUCUUCCGUUAAUGAUCUCUGAGACUGAACUAAAGUUCUCUAGGCAGCUGUUAAAAGAUCUGCAGUAUACCAUAGCUUGCUGCUUUUCUGUGCAGGCAGGUUUGCAGAUUGUAAAUGUGGAGAAAUGAAGGAAAUUUCACCCUCUUUAGUCUUAAACUUCUCAACUGGUGAGGCACUUCUUGCAGGCUAAGCGGAGGUGGCUCAGCAUGACUGCAUGAAGACUUAGGUAAUAUCAACCUAGUUCUGUGCUGAAACUUGGCAAGAGCAGCAAAACCAGAAUUUCUAGUAAUCCAUGCCAAAGAGCAAGGAUUGUAGGUGACAUUCAUAGAUUGUCAUCUUCGUGUGCUCUAAAAAAAAACUUGGCUGAAGCCAAAACAUCAGUGAAGAUGAAAAGCAGCAGAAAAGUGGUUUAGGUUAAGGGGAUAAAACAUGGCUGCACAUUGCUGAUGCAGCAGGACAGCAUCUGGCCUCUGUGAGUCUGAUUCCCAGUAUGCUGCACCCACAAAAUCCUUCAGACGGAUUUUUUUCAGCACAUGAAACUGAUGGUCUUGGAAGUUAUUUGGGAACUCCUUAAUAUAACCCUGGUCAUCUGAUAGGAAUAGGUAUAUGUUGUCAGUAUACAAACAGUUACAGUAUGGCUACACUGGCAGGUUACACAAAUCCUCAUGAGUUUCAGAGCAGCACUAGAACUAGGACCUUCUCCUUGGCACCGCCCAGAACCUGAUUUUGAAGGUAGAUGGAUGGAACUGCUCUCUCCUGAUAGUUUAGUUUUAUAUUGAUGAGUAUGAAACUUCUGUGUUGUAUUGAAGUGGGAACUCUCUGACUGUCAGACUAAUCCUUGGAGUAGGAGGACUUGACUGAUAACUCUUGAGCGUUUGCUUUCUACUUGAUAUCACCAAAACUGUAAAUGCAGCAUGUCUCGUUGCUUGGAAGACUUAACAGGUAGACAGACUGCAGCUGAAAAAAAAAGAAUAUGUACUUACUUACAAGCAUGGCACUUGAAUAUUUUUAGAAAGGAAAGAAUAGUUGCAGCUUUUGCUCUGUUGUACUUGUGUGUGCGUGCACGCAUGGCUAAGCAAUUUAAAGAAGCAAAACCAAACAGUUUUUAUAUGACUGACUGUUUACCAAAGAUGGUGUCCAGAAAGUCAUCUUUCUAAGCCAAUUUCUUCUCUGUCAUUUCAACUAACUUCUCGCUUUCUUUUUUCUUAAUGCUGGCAAUUUAGUAUACGCUCCAUACAACAUUCAAUUAGCAUGCCUAUUAUGAGGUAAUGUAUGCAUAAUCCAGCUGUUGGGUGUAUUUAUUGUCAAGUGUGGAAUCAAAAUGGAACUUAACUAACAGAUGAAAAAAAAUGAAUGGAUUUCCUGUACUAAUGUAUAGGAUGACAUUUGUUUUUAUUUCUGCUUGACAGUGAUGGUUAUUACACACCUGGAAUGUGAUUAAAUGUGCUUUCCUUAUGUUUGGGGAACUAUAACAACUUUUACUGUCCUGUUAGACAUGUAAUAUUUUGUAAGUUUAAAAGACAAUUGCUUCGUGUCUGUUUUAGAACUGUCUACGAAAGUGAGCGGAAAAUAAUGUAGUUUCACAAAAAGUCUCUUGCUCACUUGUAGUGCUUGCCUCUUGUUGCUUGGCACUGUCCCUUCAUCUCCUGAGAGAAUCUAUUUUUUUUUAUAUACAUGUGCUUUCCCAAAUGAAAGAGUGCAGCUAGGUGUGGCUGGCCUAUACAAAUACUAAGCAAAAGUGGUAAAGGGAAGCUUCUUUUUGAAAGCUUUUUUUGUUCUUAACUUUAUUUUGUCUGCUACCAAUCCUUAGUCUUGGUCCAGUGAAGGCAAGCAUUUUCCACUCUGCACGAGGCAGAAAGGUGUACAAGCUAUUGUACAAAUUUGCAAGAGGCAGUGACAGCUAAUCGGUGUAUUAAGGCACUCUUUUGAUCUUAGUAGUAAUUACACACUGGACCUCUGUAUUGAAUAUAGUGAACUGUCCUGCUCUUCAUGUGCGUUUAUAAUCACAGCUGCCUCUAGCAGUUAAAAGGCAAGGAGAAGUCUCCCAUAAAUGUACCUUAGCAGAAAAUGCCACUGUGAACUGUUCUGUUAAUUAAAUACACAGCCUGUUAAAGUUGUUUUCCUGUAACAAACAAAAAAUUUUGGACAGUCAAGCUUUAUUCAUCAAUUCUGUAGUGGGCUAUCCAGAAAGGACAGCAAAGUUUUCUAACCCAUAAGCUAGAAACCUGCUCAAAUUCACUGGGAAAGAUAAGCUAAACCUUGAAAAAUUGCUUUUUUUCCCUUUCAUCUUGUGAUACAAGAACCUAGUGUUGAGACUGGCAGUGAGACUGGCAAUUGUUAACUGCAAAAGAUAUGAAUGAGCUGCAGCUUGAGUGUUGUUGAAUUAUAGUUUUGUAGCAGAAGUGGAGAUCCAGAUAUAAACUAUUUCAGGCUUUCCUUAAAAACAAGGGAAAAGCCCCAAACAAAAUGCAUGUUGACACUGGAAAAGGCAACUGUUUGCUUGUUUUCUGAUAUUUAUACACUGACUAGAUAUGUUUUUAAUUCUGUGGUUCCUUUUUGUC